AAAAUCUCCCCAUUCGACAGCAAGUGUUUUGGAGGUUAAAUACUGUGCGGGAUGAUAUGUCGUAGUGCCAGGGGACAUCCGGAAUAAUGACAAUGCUGAUGAUGGAACGUAUCGUCACCAAUUCUCAAGAUGUCGUUCAGGAGAAAGAGGCAUCCAGCCAGGAUGAGCGACUUUUCCGUAGAGGCUCGGCCCGGAGAAGGUUAGAACAAGCCAGGGACGCUGAAAGCUGUGAUAAAUCCGAAGAAGAAGACCUCAAUGUCGACGUGGAGAACGACGAUGCCCUCUGCCCGGUCGACCUGACCAGGAGGCAUGAGUCUUACCCCUCCUCUUUCGUAAGCUUCGGCAAAAAUGACACUGACGAGUUGGUGAAACGUGCGGAGAGUGUUUGUAGUGACAGGAGUCGGUCUAGGAGUCCUGGCAGGGACCAGAGUCCGCCGUCGGUUGUGAGCCACCAGGGCAGGAGACUGGCUUUUUCGGUGGAGAAUAUCUUGGACCCCACUAAGUUUACGGGGAGGCAGACUGUUUACAGUGACGGGGUUUGUUGUUGGAAGCCGCUGGACGGUUCUAGGGGUUCUCCGGACUAUGACGGUAGUGAUGCAGGCAAAGACCACCAGUCUGAAGACGAUGACGACAUGCACAGUGAUAUCAGCGAAGACCUCAAAGACCCCUCGCAGAAAAAGAAAGGCGAUUCGAAAUCCCAGAACGCCGGCAAACCCAGACGAGCACGAACAGCCUUCACCUACGAGCAACUAGUAGCCCUCGAAAACAAAUUUAAGACCACCAGGUACCUCAGCGUCUGUGAGAGGUUAAACCUCGCCAUCAGCCUCAGCCUCACGGAAACCCAAGUCAAGAUCUGGUUCCAGAACAGGAGGACGAAAUGGAAGAAGCAGAACCCCGGGAUGGACGUCAACUCUCCCACAGUGCCCCCUCCAAGUGUGGGAUCCGGAGGCUUCCCUGGGUUCCCACACUCCCACAACGGGCUGCUGUACUCGCACCACGUGCCCUAUGGAGGGGUGUAUCCACUUCAAGCCGCCAGCUCCGGUAGCUACACUCCGUACUUUCAUUUAGCCAAUCACGGACACAGUUUGGGGUCUUGAGAGAAAGGGUUGGGGUAGAACGCUUCCGGUUGUG